AUGAAUCAAAAUUAAAGGAAAUUCGUUAGAUGUUUCAAUUGUAAAACAAAGCCAGCUACAAUAAAAUGUUUUGAUUGUAAUGAAAAUGAGCCUACUAAAUUAUGUUAUCAUUGUGAUUCUACUUUACAUCCAGAUCAAGAUCAUCAGAAAUAGAUUAUACCUUAUGAUCAAAUGGUUUCAAAUGAAGAAAGAACUCAAUCUAUAACUCCUGAAAAGUAAUAAGAGAUGACUCCUCAUUUAAGUUCAAUUUUAAAAUCUAGAAUCAGAAAAAAUGAAGAGAAUACUAGUUUUAUAAAUAAUGAAGAAAUUUUAAAUAAGAACUAACUUAAAUCAGUUGAAUUGAAAUUUAGAAUAAAAUUUCAAGAAUAAGAGAAUACGAUAAAUUUAUUGAAAUAGCAUAUUGAAAAUAUAGAAAAUAAACACAAAGAGAAUUUGUCAAAAAUGAGAGAUCAAUUAAUAAAAGCCCAAGAUGAUGCUUUAAAAAAAUAAGAAGAAAAUAGUAAUGAAUAAAUAAAGUUUAAGAAAUAAUAUGAAGAUAAAAUAGCAUAAUAUACAUAAUAGAUUGAAAGUGAGACCUAGUUUAAUAAUUCUCUUUAAUAAAAGUUAGAUGAAUUAAGGUAAUAUAAUUUUUCUUAAUUUUAAGAAACACUCAUUAAAUAAAAUUAUAGGAAGCUUAAUAAAUAAUAGUUUAAUUGAGAGCUGAAAUAGAGAGAAGAAAGUUUUAAGAAGAAUAAAUAAGAAUGGAGACUGAAAAUUAAGUAAUUUAGAUUAAGAAAGAAUCCUAAUUAGAAAUGGAAAGAAGCAUAUCUAUGAUAAAAAAUGAUUGUACAUCUUAAGUUGAGGAGUAUAAGCAAAAAUUAACAGGUAAAUAAGAGUAAAUUAUAUCAUUAUAAUCUUAAAUCUAAUAAUUAUAAGGUACCUUAAAAGAAAUAGAAGGAGUUUGGUAGAAGAAAUUAUAAUUUGAAUAAUAGUGUUAUGAUGAAUUAAAGUAAAAUUAAUAAAUUAAUAAAUAGAUAAAAAUAUCAUCAAUAAGGAGAUGAAUGUGAGAUACUAAUUAAAGAUAUAAGAAAUCUUUAAUCAGAAAUAAUGAUAUAUUAAAAGGAAAAUGAAUUAUUUCAAAAAGAGAAAUUGGGUUUGACAAAAUAGUUGAAUUAAUAAUUAGAAAAGAAUGAGAAAAUGGAUAGAUUUAUCUAUGGUUCUAAGAAAUCAUAGAUUAAAAUAAAACUAUGA